CCAUCUGGCCGUGGUGUUCGCCUCCCUGAGGUCUUCUGCAUCAUCAGCUGCCUGGGCUGCUUCGGGCUCUUCUCCAAGAUCCUGGACGAGGUGGAGAAGAGGCGGCAGAUCUCCAUGGCAGUGAUCUACCCCUUCAUGCAGGGCCUGAGGGAAUCGCCCUUCCCAGCGCCAGGGAAAACAGUCACCAUUAAAAGCUUCAUCCCCGAGUCAGGCACAGAGCUCAUCGAGCUCACACGGCCGGUCGAUGCCCACCUAGAGCACGUGGAGUUCCAGGCUCUGCUCCAGAGGCUCAGCCCCCACCUCAUCCUGCACAUCUUCUCCUCGGCCGUCUUGGAGCGCCGGCUCAUUUUCCUGGCAGAGGAGCUGAGCGUCCUGUCGCAGUGCAUCCACGCCGUGGCUGCUCUCCUCUACCCCUUCACCUGGGCUCACACCUACAUCCCCGUGGUCCCCGAGUGCCUGCUCGACACCGUCUGCUGCCCCACGCCCUUCAUGGUUGGCAUCCAGAGGAGGCACCUGGCCCGGGUCCUGGACCAGCCCAUGGAGGAGGCUCUGAUCGUGGAUCUCUGUGAAGGGAAGAUCAUCCGGGCGGUGGGGGACGAGGAGGAGAUCUUGCCCAUCAAGCUGCAGAAUGAGAUGCUGGCAUCUCUGAGCAGGCACAACAACAACAACAACGUACACACAGCCGAGCAGGUGAACGUGCUCAUCUCAGAGGCCUUUGUGCAGUUCUUUGUCCGGCUGGUGGGUCACUACGCCUCCCACAUCAAGUGGAGUAAGAAUGGCUCAGGGACCUUCCAGGAACGAGCCUUCUGCAAGGCCAUCCCCUCCAAGAGCAGCCGCAGGUUCGUGAAGAAGUUUGUGAAGACCAACAUGUUCUCCCUGUUCAUGGAGGAAGCUGAGAAGAGCAGGAUGCCCCAGGAAGCCUAUUUCCAGAAGAAAAUAGCAGAGUACCACGAGCAGAAGAAGCACCGAAGGGCCUCCUGA